AUGUCUCGCCUCUUCGCAUGCGCCGUCCUCCUUAUCGCCGCCGCGGCGAGCGCGCUCGAGACGUCGUCAGAGACGUCGGAGCGGGCCGGGCCGCCUGUAAUAAUCGUCACCGGCCUCGCGCACGGCGGCACGACAGUGACGAGCGAAUUGAUAAUGACGGCGCCUGGUCUACUCGGACCGUUCGAGACCGGCUUCCUGCUCCCACAGCGGCCCGCGGCUUUCAUCAACACCAAACCUUUUUCCGAGUGGACGCAAGAUACAGGUGCCGGCGCCCUGGGCCUCGCCGGCCCGCGUUUCCGCGAGCUCCUACGCCAAAGGACGCACCUGGACAUGUACGCCUAUGCGCUUCGCGAAGCGCCGAUGUUCCACGGCACAAACACCACGCGCUUCGUGGACAAGACCCCCGCGUACUGGGAAAAGCUCCAACUUAUUCUGCGACGAGCCCCGGGCGUGCCCGUCGUGUUCGUCUACAAGACGCGCGCCUCCGCGCGCCGGUCCUGGGUCGAGAAACGGCACGCGGGCGAGGCGUCCUUCAAGGGCAUGUGGAAUCGUUUCACGUGGCAGCUCGGCAUCGCGCAGCGCCACCCGCGCGUACAUACGGUGUCCUUCGAAGAUUUGUUCGUCCACCGCAAGGGCCGGACGCGGAAGGCGCUCUUCGAGUUCCUCGGGCUGAAGGGCUUUUCGCCGGACUUUUCUGGAAGAGCGCUCGCGGCGAAACGGGGCCGGUGCCACCUCUGUGACCACAGCGUGGCGAAACAUCGGCGCCCACGCAAUGAGACUAACACAUAG